GGCGGGACGAGCGCCGUCGCCGGCCGGGGCGGCGUCGCUAGAGGAGGGUCCCGGCGGGUCCCCGGCGCUCGCUGCCCCGCCUCCGCCGCCCCGCCCGGCCCGUCCCGGCCCGGCCCGUCCCGGUCCCCCCGCGCCCGCACGGACGGUCCGGCGGGCCCGCGGCCGCCAUUGGCUCACGGCGCCAUCCGGGCACUCGGCGCGGCGCCGCCGCUCGGCCCCAUCGUCCCAAUAUGGCGGAGGCUUCCUUUGGGAGUUCGAGCCCAGGUUCGUCCUCGCCCACCUUCUGCAUCGGCACCCGGCCUGUCGCCCGCACGCCGUUCUCUCCUUGCUGCUCCUUCCCAAAUUUAUCCCCUCGUAGUUUUCCUAAGGCUUCGUGUGCACGCUGUUAACCGUCUGCCAGGUUUUUCAGAGGAGAUGUGCGCUAUUUGGCUCUUUAUCAUCUGAGGAUCAUGACUUUGACCCGUCUGCUGAAAUGCUGGUACACGAUUAUGAUGAUGAGCGAACUCUCGAAGAAGAGGAAAUGAUGGAAGAAAGCAAAAAUUUCAGCUCUGAAAUUGAAGAUUUAGAAAAGGAAGGAAACAUGCCAUUGGAAGAUUUAUUAGCAUUCUAUGGCUAUGAGCCCACGAUUCCAGUUAUGCCAGGUUCCAGUGCAAAUAGCUCUCCGAGUGAACUUGCAGAUGAACUUCCAGAUAUGACUCUAGAUAAAGAGGAAAUCGCUAAAGACCUCUUGUCGGGUGAUGAUGAAGAAACACAGUCCUCUGCUGAUGACUUGACACCAUCAGUUACUUCACAUGAGGCUACUGACUUCUUUCCUCGGCCACUAAGAUCAAACACCACAUGUGAUGGAGAUAAGGAAUCUGAUGGUGAAGAUGUAGAGGCAGACAAUGGUAAUUCAUCUGAAGAUUUGAGAAAGGAAAUAAUGGUUGGUUCACAGUACCAGGCUGAAAUUCCAGCUUACCUUGGCAGAUGCAAUGAUGACGAAAAGGCUUAUGAAAAUGAAGACCAUCUACUUUGGAAACCUGAUGUCAUCUCAGAAAAUAAAGUUAAAGAAUACCUUUUUGAAACCUCCUUAAGAACAGGAAAUGAAAAAAUGAUUGGCAGAAUUCCUGAAGGACUACAUACACGGGACAAUGAACAAGCACUGUAUGAACUUCUUAAAAGCAGCCAUAAUGUUAAAGAAGCAAUUGAGAGAUACUGCUCAAAUGGAAAGGCAUCUCAGGAAGAGAUGACAGCAUGGACAGAAGAAGAAUGCAGAAGCUUUGAAAGUGCACUUCUGAUGUAUGGAAAAGACUUCCAUCUCAUACAGAAAAACAAGGUAAGAACUAGAACAGUUGCUGAGUGUGUGGCUUUCUACUACAUGUGGAAAAAGUCGGAACGUUAUGAUUACUUUGCUCAGCAAACACGAUUUGGAAAGAAGAAAUAUAACCAUCAUCCAGGAGUUACGGACUACAUGGAUCGUUUGGUAGAUGAAGCAGAAUCCCUUGGAGGAGCUGUGCAUUCUUCAGCCUUAACAUCUAAUAGUCGAACAGAAAACAUUCCUGACCAACAGCUAAGCAUUCUGAACUCUAUCACUGCCAAUGACUUGACAGCACUGACAAACAGUGUAGCUACAGUCUGCCACACUUCAGAUGUGAACUGCCUGGAUGAUGCUUUUCCUCCCAUGGACAGUUUACCCCGAGCACCAGUUAAUCAUGUGCCUGUUGGAACAGAAGAAUUGCUUAACUUGCCUAGCAAUGGUGAAAGUGAUUGUUUUAAUUUAUUUGAGACUGGCUUUUAUCAUUCAGAGCUAAACCAAAUGAACAUGUGCAGUGAGGAGGCAGAAAGACCUGCGAAGAGAUUGAAAAUGGGGAUUGCUGUCCCAGAAUCUUUCAUGAAUGAUGUCUCUGUAAAUAACCUUGGUGUGGACUUCGAGAACCACACACACCACAUUACUAGUGCCAAAAUGGCUGUUUCAGUGGCUGACUUCAGCAGUCUAUCUGCAAAUGAGACAAAUGGUUUUAUCAAUACCCACGCUCUCCACCAUGCUGCCCUUCAUUCAGAAUGACUGUGGAAAACUAAACAAACAGUGGGUACUUUAUGCAGUAGUAGUAAACUUGAUGGGAGCUAUCAGGUUUGCUUAGUCUUUCACUGGAAGUUUGAACUUUAUGACAUCAGUGAUGUCUUUGUAUGUAUAGAACUAUAUCUUGAUUUAUCAAGAGUAAUUUCUUUUUUCAGUCCAUAAAUGUGGAAAUGUCAUAGGAUGUGUGGCAGAGUUUGGGACUAAGAGAACUCUGUGAUGCAGCUUUAAGCUCUGCUUCAGUUUUUUUUCCUAAAGCCUGUAGACGGAGGCCACCAUUUCAAAACCAGCACAGAAGUUCUGAACGGAUUGGAGUGGCUUUUUUAGUAAGUUACUUUUGCCGUAAUGGAUGCAGUGGAAUAACAAUGUUUACAGGUACGGAUCCUGAUCCCUGCUCAAUGUAGCAUUUUUUUUCCCCCUUCUAAAGGCAGGGAUGGGUUUGUUUAUUUUAAACUGCACAAACAUACAAGGAUGUUUUUUAAAUAGAACCUUCUCUCAUGUGAUACUAAACUAGAGCACUUCAGUUUACAAAGCAGCAAAUUCAUGUUGGUGGAAGCUAGCACAAGGGACUUAAGAUGAGUAAAGUGAAGAUCUGCACUUGAAUGCUGUUGAAAAAUUAAAGGUCAUGGCUACCUUACAGAGAAGUAAUCAUGCUGCCAUAGAUGUCUGUGUACUUUAAACUUACUGGCUCAGACAGAUGAGUUUUAGGCUAUAUUGUAUUUGGUAGGGGUUUGUCCACAACUUUGAAGAGCAAUGCAAUCGUGUACCUUAACUUUCCUAAGGCAGCUGAUGUAUAAAGCUACAGUCUGCACAGCUUAGGAUUUACCACUAAACAGUCUACAUUUGGAAGACAUCUUAAGUUGUUUGGAGCACUGCAGUUCUAAGUAUUACAGUUUUGAGGGACUAUCUAGUUUAUAUAGUGUAGUAGAACCUUGAAGUACAUGCUUGAAAGUUUUUAUUUAGUGUGGAUUGCAUUUAUUUGUUUUGGCAAGUCAUUGGCUUCAAAAUGGCACUUCACUUCUUUGGUCAAAUAGGAAAGGAUGAGUAAAAAGCAACUAUUUAACUUCAUUACAUUUUUUAUUUUGAACCUUGAGUGCAAUUUAGCCAUCCAGGAUGUUUGUCAAGUAUUGGCUUGUAACAUGUUGUAGCAUACAACUUGCAGGGUGUUCUAAUGAAAGCCUGAACUUCCCUUCAAUAGGAUUACUCCUGUCCCUCCAUACUUUUUCUUUGCACUGUUUGUAUUACAAGUUUAAUUGCCACUAAUUUGUUUUCAUUAUUCAAGCAAUUAAGUUUGCAUUGUUGAUCUUUUCAAUAGUUGCUUCAAGGUUGUGCUGAGCAAUUAGAAGGUAGUGACUUUAAUAUUUGAAAGGGAAGAGGGUAUUUAUUAUGCAUACUGUGAACUGCAUUGAUAUCCCAAGUUUCAGAUGCAGCAUAUGGAGUUUUCUUUACAGCAUUGUAAUGAAGAUUGCUUUGAAGUGUUUAUGCAUUAGCACAUUUAUCAUAUUAAAAACAAAUUAGUUUAGCACAGUGGACAAAAGUAGAUAUGAUUUUGUAAUUAGUUCUUAACUUAAACAUCUGAAAUAUUUAACGUUAGUAAGUACACAGUAAAUAACGGGUAGCCUUGGCCCUGUGUUGUACUCUUGACAUUUUUAGCCAAGUUCUCAGCUUCUUACUGCUGUGUUUUGUGCUGAACUUUGUACCUUGUUUCCUUUGUUUAUGAAUCAGCCCAUUUUAAGUAAUUUUUUAGAAUUCUGGCCAUAAUCUUCCAUUGUUAUACAUUCAAGUUUAUCUGUGGGUUUACAGUGAGUGGCUGGUCUUGUAUAAAAAUCAUACAAAGAUGACUGAAUGCUUAUACCAGUUGCACUUAAAUGAACACACCCAUUUUCAUUAGUUGAUGCAGUAAUUUACUCAGUUUAUCUAUGCAUUGCUGGGCUCUUAAAGUAGGCAGAGACUUGUCUAAGGUUUGGGUUGUCAGCAAGUUGAAUGGACACUUUAGUUAUUUAAUAAAGACUUUGACCAAAAUUCAGAAAAUGAUAUGAGAGAAAAAUGAUUUCCGGGUAGUCUAAUAAAUGCUGAUCUUAUUUAGCCUGUUGGCGAGCUAGCUGGUAUCGUUUACUUUUAAUUCCUUGUUAAAAUGAGGCAAUAAUUUGCAAGAUUUCGUAAAUAUGUAAAUUCUUCAUAUCUUUUUAGAUAUCUCUUUCAAUAUUUUCUGACUACUUCUGUGUAUAGUAACAUUUUUGUGCAUGCUUGAUGUGACAUCCAUAAAUUUGUACCACUAUGACUUUAUCCAUGUAAAAUAGCUAUUUAUUGAACUUUACUUUUAAAAGCUGGACUUACUUUUUUUCUCUCAGUUUAAACAUUUAAUGGAGAACUUGUUACUGUUUAUUAAAAGAAUUGUGUUUUGAAAGUCAGCAUGGAGAUAACUGAAUUGCAAUCAUGUGAAGAAAUCACAAUGCCUUGGCUAUUACACAGUGAAGCACAAUUCUUGUAACAAACUGUGAUGAAUUCUUUGUCCAUUGCCACGUGUUUUCUUCAUACAGACAAACCAAAAAAUCCAUAAUGGGCAAUUGCAGUGUUGGUAAAUGUAUCCUUUUUAUGUACAGGGAAUAUGAAGAGGGUAGCAGAUUAAUGUAGAAGUGUAACUGGUGCUGUGAUUAUAGCAAUACCACAGUUGGUCACUUGUCAUCUUCCCAUGCUAGGUUUUUAAGUGUUUAGUCUUCCUCUUGUAAUGGUCAAACUGCUGAAUUUACUUGAAGGAUGUACAAUACUGUUUUGAAGAAUAUGAAAUUGUGUACAAUUAGGUCAGUGAAUUGUGCAAUUGAAAACUGAGAGUCAAAAAUACAGGAAAACUUCAGUUCACGUAGGAUACAGUGAUACUACUUAAUUUAACCAAAGUCUCUAAUGAGUAUUUCAACUUUGAAUGUAAACUAAUGGAUAAACUGACCAACAGGGACGCUAUUUGCCCAGCAUUACAAGCACAUCGUCUGCAGACAGGGAAAUUAAAUACAGUAAUUUGUAAGAUAAUGACAAGGUUACUAUUUUUAUUAUUCCUAUUUUUCAUUGAAAGAGGGAGGAAGAUGCUAUCAAUUGUACAAUAAAGUAGGAAUGGUUAUAGUCUUCCUAAUAAAACAGAGAUUCCAGUUAUUCUCAGUUCAAAAUAACUACCCUGUGCAUAACAACAAAUCAAGUGACAAUCGGAACAUGUUUUAGUAUCAGAUGUUCAAGAGGAAGUCGCUGUUGUUGCAUUGGUUUUAAUAUUUGUACAUAAACACUGAUUUUUUUGAGCAUUAUUUUGUAUUUGUUGUACUUUAAUACCUGGUGUACAGUUCCAGAAAUAAAUGUCUGGAAACCUUU